AUGUCACGAAAAGCAAAUUCCAACCAUGCCGCCUCCUCCAUAGACUGGUCUCUGUACCUGGUCACAGACUCGACGCCGGCCAUCCUGGGCGACAAGGAUCUCCUGAAGAUUGUCGAUGAAGCGAUUCAGGGCGGCGUGGGCGUGGUGCAGUAUCGAGAGAAACACGCCGACACCGGCGCCAUGGUCGAGGUCGCCUCGAAACUCCACGCCAUCACGCAGAAACACGGCGUGCCGCUCUUGAUCAACGACCGCGUUGACGUGUGCUUGGCUGUCGGCGCUGAGGGUGUCCACAUCGGCCAGGAUGACAUGGACGUUGCUCUUGCCAGGCAACUCCUAGGCCCCGAGGCCAUCAUAGGGGUCACAGCCUCGUCGCCCGAAGAGGCCGGCAAGGCGAUCCGAGACGGCGCCGACUACCUGGGUAUCGGCACGACGUUCGCCACGCCCACCAAGACAGACACAAAACACAUUAUCGGCACGCGGGGCCUGCAGCAGAUUCUGGAGACCUGCGACACGGGGACGGCAAAGUCGAUCCCGUGCGUCGCCAUCGGCAGCAUCAACGCCUCCAAUGUCCAGCGAGUGCUACAUCAAUCGGCAUCUGGGUCUAACCGCCUGAACGGGAUUGCCGUGGUCAGCGCCAUCAUGGCGUCAACCGUCCCGCAACACUCGGCCCGCACCCUUGUCGACUUGAUCAAAUCGGCGCCUGAAAAGUUCUACUCUGCCGUCCCGCCACAUAAGCAUCCGGUGGUCACCGAUCUGAAAACACUCAUCGGUGCCGCCCCCAACAUCAUCCGAGCCCACGCCUCCUCGGGCGUCAUCUGCCACAACAUGACCAACACGGUGGUGCAGAACUUUGUGGCCAACGUCUGUCUCGGCACGGGCUCGUCGCCCAUCAUGUCCGAGAAUGCGGGCGAGGCCGCAGACCUGGCGAAACUGGGCGGUUGCCUCGUCGUCAACAUGGGCACCGUCACGCCGGACAAGCUGGAGGCAUACAUCGCGGGCCUGAGAGCGUACAACGCCGCGGGGCAACCAGUCCUGUUUGAUCCCGUUGGCGGCGGCGCGACGGCGGUCCGGCGGGCCGCGAUCGAGACACUCCUCGCCGCGGGCUUCUUCAGCGUCAUCAAAGGCAACGAGGGCGAGAUCUCCGCCGUCGCGGGAACAUCCACCAUCCAACAGCGCGGCGUCGACUCGGGCCCUUCGGACUCGAGCGCCGCGCAGAAAGCCCAGCUAGUCCAGCAACUCGCACAACGCGAGCACUGCAUCGUGCUCAUGACCGGCAAAACCGACUACCUAUCCGACGGCACGCGCACCGUCGCCAUCCACAACGGCACUUCCUGGCUAGGUAAGAUUACUGGCAGUGGGUGCGCCCUGGGCGCCGUCAUCGCGAGCUACAUGGUCGUCCACCCGGACGACAAAUUCCUCGCCGCCCUCGCCGGGAUUCUGCACUUUGAACUCGCAGCCGAAGACGCAGCCGAGUUUUGUCGCGGUCCCGGGUCGUUUAUCCCGGGUUUUCUGGACGCGCUGUAUCAGCUGGGCCGGGAUAUGCAAGGGGAAGUCGGCAUUGGGCAGCCCGGCUAUUUUGCGAGCCUGGUCAAGGUCGAGAUGAUUUCGUGA